AAGCGCACGCAGCCCUGACGUAAUUAGAACGUAGAAUCCGGUUUCAUUUGCACCAUGGAGCAGCGAUUAGUAUCGGAGGACGGAAAGAAUGCCCGAGCUGUGCUUUGUCAGUGCUGCGGCUGUAGGGUUCUGUCUGCCGGGGUGGCCACGCUGGCAAAAAGAGAGCUGCUCCUCCCAUCAAUGAAGACGAAGACUUUUCCAGCCGAGAGCUCUGCUCCUGAAUUGGAACUGCUAGUGGAGCACUGGCUGGUACAUGACAUGUUCACUUUUGACAAUGUGGGAUUCAGCAAGGAUGUAGGUUCCAUUAAGUUCCUGAUAUGUGCAGACUGUGAAGUGGGACCAAUUGGAUGGCAUAGUCUGAAAGAACAGAACAGUUUCUAUGUGGCACUGGACAGAGUUCAACACGAGUGAUUCGUUGUGGUGAAGUCAUGUUGAAGUAAAGCAACUCACAAGGCUAACAUUAUUGGAGCUGUUUGUUGGGUUAUUCAUACCAGUACUUGAACAACUCACCUUUGUUUUAAAUGACUUGUUCAAUUUAUAUCUAUAAAUUUAUUGCAUCUGUUCUUGUAGUUAUUACACUUUAAUACUAUGCUUGUCUUUUUGUUUACUUUGUGUGGUGACUACUCCAUGCUGUUUGUCUUAUGUGAUGGCUACAGUGUUGAUGCAUCAGUAAUGUGUAUGGAAGUAAAUCACUUGUUGCCAUUGA